AUGCGUCUCAUUAUUCGGGAGGACCCGAAGGCUGUUGCCUACUACACAGCCAACUAUGUCCGCCAGCGAAUCAAUGAGUUCAAGCCCACGCGCAAGAGGCCGUUUGUAAUGGGGCUGCCCACAGGCUCGACACCCGUCGAGGUGUACUGGCACCUGGUGGACUUUUACAAGCAGGGGAUCCUGUCGUUCAAAAACGUGAUAACCUUCAGCAUGGAUGAGUACGUCGGUCUCCCACGGUCGCACCCAGAGAGCUACUGCUCGUUCAUGCACCGUCAUCUUUACGACCACAUCGACCUGAAACCUGAGAACAUUUACAUGCUUGACGGUAACGCCGAGGAUCUGGCUGCUGAGUGCCAGCGCUACGAGGAGUGCAUCAAAGACGUCGGCGGCAUCGAGCUGUUCCUGGGCGGCAUCGGCCCCGACGGACACAUUGCCUUCAACGAGCCUGGCAGCUCGCUCGAGUCGGUGACGCGGGUCAAGACCCUGGCGUACGAGACAGUGCUGGCUAAUGCGCGGUUCUUUGGUGGCGAUGUUAACAAAGUGCCCAAGCUGGCGCUGACUGUCGGCGUGGGCACAGUGCGUGCAGCGCGCGAGGUGCUGCUGAUCAUCACAGGCGCGCACAAGGCGGUUGCGCUGGCCAAAUGCAUCGAGGAGGGCGUCAACCACAUGUGGACCGUGUCGGUUGUGCAGCUGCAUCCGUCAGCCAUGGUCGUGUGUGACGAGGACGCGACGCUCGAGCUGCACGUCAAGACCGUGCGCUACUUUAAGAGCAUUGAGCAGGUGCAGGAGCAGCUGAUCGGGCGCCAGAACAUUGGGCUCAAAGGCUCGAUCUCAAAGCUCUCUGGAGCCAAUGCCAACCACCAGCCCGAUGCCCCACAGCCAGAGGCGGGGAAGCAGAUUUCUGACGACGAGUCGUCGUCGGACGAGUCCUCAGCGGAGGACACAAAGAUCACUUCGACCGUCGCCCCACCUGCCAGCAGUCGCAGCGAUGCACAUGGCGUAAGAAGCAAUGGCGCUCUUACGUCCGCUGCCACUGCUGGCAAUCCCUUUUAA